AUGCCCCUUCAGGGCCGCUUGGGCCUGGAACUGCGCAACACCAGCCCGUCCCGCGUGUUGGGGCAAUCGCAUGGCAAGCAUUGGUGCUCGCGGCUGCCAUCACCAUCGCCCUUCAUUCACCCAUGCUCGGCCCGCCCCAUCUCCUCGCUCACGCCACACCCCUCGAUACCGCCGUCCGCUCGCCGCAUCGACAUGCCCGCCGCCCUCUCCGCCUGGGUGUGCCUCGCGCUCAACGUCACCGCCGCUUGCCACCUGCUGCUUCCCCCGCGCGGCUCCCUUCCCCCCGCCGCGCAUUCCCGCGCGUCGGACACCGGCCAAUCAAACGCGGGCUUUGAAGGUGACCCGCGGGUUGACUUGAGAGGCGGGUUUUGCGCCGCGGGUCUGAGCGUCGCAGACGCUGUGCGAUGGCCGUGCUCGUCGCAGCAUCGUCGCCGUGCGACGGGCGCCGUGCAGGCGAGCGCAGGCGGAAUGGCGGAGCAUUGCGGCGGCGCGAUGGAUGGUGGCGGCGGUGCUGACCCACGGCCGUGCAGCAGGCUACAAGGGGAGCUGGUGGCGCUGGGGGCAAGCUGGGGGGCAGCGGAAGGGAGGGGGCGGAGAGGGAGACGGGGGCGGGCGGGGAAGCAGCAGCAGAGGGUUGGCGGGGAGCAAGGAGGCAGGGGGAGCAGAGCGCAGGAGGAGCAAGGCGGGCGCGAGGACGGGAGCGAGGCGGGUGGUGGGGUGGUGUGGGCGGAGGGGACGUGCGCCCAGCUGUUCCUCCUGGAAGGUGCUUGCCUCCAUGCCCUCUCGCUAGCGCACCAGCAGCACACAAUGCCUCCAGUUGUUGACAGCACUCCUACCACCCCCGUGCCGCAUUGGCCUUCGCCCCUCUCCGCGCUCCCUUCACCCGCACCCUCUCCUGCGUGUGUGCUCCCCCCAUCCCUCUGCCAGGAGAUAGCACAGCUGCGGCGAGCAGUGCAGAAGUCACCUGGGGAUAUUUCUCUGCUGUUCCAACGAGGCGUGGCUCUGUUGGGUGCGAUUCGCAACUGGGAGGCCAUUGAUGACUUUAGGGCCGUGCUGCUGCUCUCACCACACCACCACAAUGCACGCGCACACCUGGCGCAGGCGCUACUGGAGGCGGGGCGGUGUGGGGAGGCGGUGGGGGAGCUACAGGCGGUGGUGGCGGUACAGGGGAAGUACUGGCAGGUGCGCGUGGUGCUGGGACAGGCGCUCAUGGUGGCGGGGCACGCGCAGGAGGCGGACUCCGCUCUGCAGGCUGUGUUGGCCAUGGACGCACGCAAUGUGGAGGUGCAGCGCAUAUACGCCAACUUCCACUUCUCCAUGGGCCACCACCACACCGUCCUAUCCACAGCACGGCACGUCCUCAGCAUCACACCGUCAGACAUCGAAAUGCGCUUCCUGGAAGCUUCUUGCCUGCACGCCAUGGGCCGAUGGGCUGAAGCAGUCCGCAAGUACAAUGACCUCAUGAGCCUCGCCCCACCACCCGGCACCGACCCCGGCAGGCUUUACCAGGCCUUCUACCAGAGGGAGGUGGCGCUCUACAUGGCAGCACGGCAGAGCAAGCCCCUCACUCUCUUCCGACCGUUGGAUCACCUUGGACCUCUCUUCAACGAAGCAUGGAGCAAGCGCCUACCGCCCUCCGUGCUCUUACCCGGCUACGAGCUCCAGAAGGAAGGGCGUGCGCAUGGUGGCACGAAAAGGGCAGGCGCAGCAGGGGAGGAUGGUGCAGUGCUGUCGCCCGCUGUGCUGCAGCUGGUGGGGGCGGCUGAACGGCUGGGUUCGCUCGCAGCGUAUGACUGGCAUGGGUUCCUGCCCAACACGCGCCAGUUCCGCAUGGCAGGGCUGGCAAUGAUGGACCUUCGGGACCUCGUACGCCGCACAUGGGAAGCCAUGGCAGAGGAGAGAGCCAGCGCGCUGGCGGAUCCAAGCACGCCUGUGGUGUGGAUGGAUCGACUCAGUGAGAGCGAGCAACACGCGACGCUGGACACGCCACUCAUGAAUGGGCAGUCCAUCAAUGCCCGCUACUCACCCUACUACAACCGCACGCUUCAUCUACUGCACGCGCUCUUGCUGAGGGGGGCACCAUCAGCCACAGACAGGAUGGAGCAGCUGGCAGUGGAAGGGAGUGUGGAGGAGGUGUGGGAAGUAAUGGGUAGAGACUCGUGGGCCACCAUUCCCUGCCACAGCACAGCGUCCCCUGGCACACUGCUUAACGGCACUCGUAUCACCCUCUCCCGCACGCCCACGUACUACCGGCUGUCCAUCAACGUGUUUGUUACGCAGCAGCGCAUCCAGCAGUACAACCACGAGAUGGACGCCGCAUGGAAGGCGCUGUGUGCAGCGUACCUGCACACAGGGCUCAAGGAAAGCAACAUCACGGAGUAUCGCUACCGUAUUCACCGCGCCAUCCUCACACUCUCCUUCUACUGGUACCAGUACGGGCCGCUGACCCGCGGCACGGCCAUGGUGGGGUAUGUGACCAUGCUGGGGCUGUUCCUGGCAGCGGACAUGCAGGUCACAGCGAAUGCACCACGGGGAUUUCAGGUUGACUGGGAGGCUAUCCUUUCCCCGCACGUGGAUUCCUUCAUAGCUGCUGUCUCUCCCUGGCUAGUUCCCUCCAUCGACUACAACUGCCCCAUCUUCCACAACCUCUCCUCAGCACCAAUUGCUGAGUCGCUUCCCUCUCUCCUGCAAGUGAUCCACGCUCUCAGCUACUCUGACAAACCUGCUCCUGCUUCUUGA